AUGCCGGAGAACAAACGAGUUACUAGUGAAGCUUUAAAUCUACAUCCAUUUUCCAUUGUGGAUAAACAAACUGUAUCGGUUAAUACAGAAGAGGAUGAUUAUGAGGUGAUUUCAUCUGCUAUUGGGGAACCUGGAAGUGUUCCUUCGAUUGUGGUUACCGAGGGGGCUGGGAAGACUCCCUUGAAAGAUCUUGUUUCUGCAUCUCCAAGAAGAACUGGUAUACAAUUAUCUCUUCCUGUUGAAUCUACUCCUACAAAGAAAUUCAACAGUAAGGAACAGCUCAGUAAGGAUACUGAUAUUAGUAAAGACCAAUUCGCGGAUAAUGACGAAUAUCAGGGCUUAUUGUACAAGCUGGCUUCGAAGAGAAGACUUGUGAUAGAAUUGCGGGAACAAUUGAAAUCAGAGGAAAAAGAAUUGAAAUUAAUUGAGGAAGAGUUAUCAAAAUUUACUUUAUCCUCUUCAAAUAAUAAACAAGGUAAGGAAACAUCCAAGUCUCCGAUGAAUACGCAAAAUACUGAUUUUAUUGGAAAUCUUUCUAAACAGAUACACAAGGCUAUCGAUGAUGUCAAUAAUUCGCCAAAUGUUAUUCAAGGAAAGAAAAGUAUAUCAAAUUUUUUUGCUGCAAAAUCAGCUGAAACCCAGCCUAACAGAAAUUCUGCAUCAACACCAUUUUUUAAACAAUUAAUGGAUAAAUUUAAUGAGUUUUCAGUUAAUGAGGAUGAAGAAGACGAAUUUGAUAAAUCGAGAUCAACUGAUGAAUAUUUUGUUAAAGAUGCAAAUACUAAUUAUGAAUAUGAUGAUGAAAAUAUCAUUGAAGAAGAACCUGAGGGUAUUCUAAAAAUUGGCAAACAGCAUUACAAGAGGUAA